AUGGCUACUCAAGAAAACAGUGAUAAUGUCGAUAUUGAUAGUGGAUCUAGUCAAAACGGUGAAGCUCCAUUAUGGGCUUACGUGACUAAAAUUCAGAAGCAAGGAACAACAGGAGGAACUUGGAAGUUUAAGUGUAAGAUAUGUAAUGAAACCAAGGGGGGAUCUUAUUCGAGAGUGAGAGCACAUCUGCUUGGAUUGAAAAACGCUGGUGUAAAUUCUUGUCCGAAAGUAACUAAGAGUGAAAGACAAAAGAUGCAAGGGUUAGAAGACGAUUUUGAGAAGAAGAAAAACGAGAGUGGAGCUAGAGAGGUUCCUUUACCUUGUGAAACAAGUUUUAGCUCUAAAAAAAGAAAGUCUGUCAUCUCCCCUAUUGAGAAAGCAUUUGGUAUUGAAAUCAGAGACCAGUUAGAUCAGAAAAUUGCAAGGAUGUUUUACACAGGAGGAUUGCCAUUUAAUCUUGCAAGAAAUCAGCAUUAUCACAGGUCCUACCAGUUUGCUGCUUCCCACAACAUUGAUAGUUAUGUGCCUCCUGGUUAUAAUAAGUUGAGGACAACUUUGCUACAGAAAAAGAGAACUCAUGUUGAGAAGUUAUUAGAACCACUAAAGCUAACAUGGAAAGAAAAAGGAUUGACGAUUGUGUCAGAUGGUUGGAGUGAUCCUACAAGAAAACCUCUGAUUAAUUUCAUUGCUACUUCUGCUAGUGGUCCUAUAUUUCUCAAGGCUGUGAAUUGUUUUGGCGAAGUGAAAGAUAAAUUCUUCAUUUCUGAUUUGAUGAAAGAGGUUCUCAAUGAGGUGGGUCAUCAAAACGUCGUGCAAAUCAUCACUGAUAAUGCAGCAAAUUGUAAGGCGGCCGGUGAGAUUAUUGAAUGCAUGUUUCCUCACAUCUAUUGGACACCAUGUGUUGUCCAUACACUUAAUCUGGCCUUGAAGAACAUAUGUGCAGCAAAGAAUGUGGAAACGAAUGUCGUAACAUAUGAUGAAUGCAGUUGGAUAACAAUAAUUCAUGACGAUGCGAUGGCAAUAAAAAAUUUCAUCAUGAACCACAACAUGAGGCUGUCAAUGUUCAACAAGUUCAGUCCUCUUAAAUUACUAUCAGUUGCUGAUACUCGUUUUGCUUCCAUCAUUGUGAUGCUUAAGAGAUUGAAGCUUAUCAAAAGAGGUCUUGAAGCUAUGGUCAUAAGUGAGGAGUGGUCUACUUAUAAAGAGGAUAAUUGGGGGAGAGCAAGCUUUGUUAAAGAGAAGAUUGUGGAUGAUGAUUGGUGGGAAAAAGUUUCUUAUAUCAUUGAUUUCACAAGACCUAUAUAUGAUAUGAUUAGGUUUUGUGACACUGACAAGCCAUGCCUUCAUUUGGUGUAUGAGAUGUGGGAUUCUAUGAUUGAGAAGGUGAAGCUUGAGAUCUACAAGAAAGAAAACCGUCAAAUAUUUUAUAGUGAUGUAUGGCUUAAUGAGGAUGCUACAAGAAAAGGUCCCCAUACAGAUGGUGAAAUCUCUCGUGAGAGGAUGAAAUGCUUUCGAAGAUUGUUUCCUAAUGAUGAUGAGCAUACUAAGGUUCUUAAUGAGUAUGCAUUAUUCUCCAUGAGGACUGGUCAUUUUGCAGAUUUAUCAUGCAUUGUAGGAAUGGGUACUAUGGAACCCAUUCAUUGGUGGGCUAACUUUGGUGCUGAUACUCCAUGUCUCCAAGUUUUGGCUUUUAAAUUGCUUGGUCAACCUAGUUCACCAUCUUGUGCUGAGCGCAAUUGGAGUACUUACAACUUUAUUCACUCACUCAGAAGAAAUAAGUUAAAUCCAAGCCGUGCUGAAGACUUGGUUUACAUUCACCACAAUCUACGCCACUUAUCAAGGAAUUCUGGUCAAUAUGAGGAUGAAAAGACCAAGAUGUGGGAUGUUGGUGGAGAUUCAUAUGAUACCAUGGAAGAUGUCGGAUUUUUGUAA